CCUCUCUCAGCUGUUUACUGGGAGGGCCAUUUUUUGUUUCAGUUACGGUAAAACUCUGGAUUUUAGCCAAAUUCUUUGAACGUUCAAAAGUACAAAUCUCUUUAGGAGGCUUAGUCUUUUUAAAUAUUUUUUCAGAGGUUAAAAAUUAAAUUUCACAAGAAUAUCAGGUGUAGAGAUAGUCCCUCAACAGAGGCACUGACCCUGACUAUCUCCACCAUGAAGCUUGUUCCUGUUCUGUUACUUUUGUGCUGCUACUUAAGUUUUUGUAAGUGCAAUUUAACAUCAGGCACACCUCAAGAGGACCUCAUAGACAAAAAGUGCUUAACAGAAAAAUACACGCAUCUCUCCUGUAAUAAAGUCUUCUGCCAACCAUGGCAGAGAUGCAUCGAUGGGACCUGUAUUUGUAAGCUCCCUUAUCAGUGCCCAAAGAAUGGUACUUCGGUAUGUUCAACUAAUGGAAGAAGCUACCCAACUUACUGUCAGCAAAAGAGUUUUGAAUGUCUUCGUCCACAGGCAAAGUUUUUAAAUAAUGGAACGUGCAUAGCUGAAGGACAAUUCAGUAUUUCCUUGAAUUAUGGAAAUACAAAUUCAGAGGGAAUUGUUGAAGUAAAACUUGUGGACAAAGAUGAGAAGAUGUUCAUCUGUAAAAAAGGCUGGCGCAUAACACAGGCCAACGUGGCUUGCCUUGACCUUGGAUUUCAACAAGGUGCUCUUUCUACUCAAAGAAGGUUUAAUUUACCCAACUAUCUUCCUAUAAACAACACCGAGUGUCUGCACGUGCACUGUCGAGGAUUAGAGACCAGUCUGGCUGAAUGUACUUUUACUAAGGGAAGAGCUACCAAGUACCAGGGUCUAGCUUCUGUGGUGUGUUACACGCAGAGCCCCGAAGAUAUUCUACCAGAAGAGUCCUUUCACUGUGUGAAUGGGAAGCACAUUCCUCAGAUGGCGGCCUGUAAUGGUCUCAAUGAUUGUGGAGACCAAAGUGAUGAGCUGUGCUGCAAAGGGUGUCAAGGUGCAAGUUUCCUUUGUAAAUCAGGUGUUUGUAUUCCAAAAGAAUAUAAAUGCAAUGGAGAGGUGGACUGCAUCACAGGAGAAGACGAAAUUGGUUGCAAAGAACGUGGACAUCCUGGACGUCGAGCAGCUGGACAUCCUGGACUUCAAGGUGUUAGAACUGUGGCACGAGCUGGACAGCCUGAACUUGGAGGCCUUGAACCUGAGGUACAAGAAGAAAUGGAGACCUUGACAGCUGAUAUGGAUGCAGAAAGAAAACGGAUAAAGUCAUUUUUACCUACGCUAUCCUGUGGAGUUAAGAACACCUCCCAUGUUCGAAGAAAACGAGUCGUGGGAGGAGUAAAUGCACAAGUGGGGGAAUUCCCAUGGCAGGUGGCCAUCAAGGACGGUGACAAAAUCAACUGUGGAGGAAUUUAUAUUGGUGGCUGUUGGAUUCUGACCGCUGCACAUUGUGUCAGAGUCAGUAAAGUUCGUCGUUACCAAAUAUGGACAUCAUUACUAGACUGGUUAAAACCUAACUCUGAGCUGAAAGUUCUGUGGGUAAAUAACGUUAUUGUCCAUGAAAACUACAAUGGAGCCACCUAUGAAAAUGACAUAGCUUUGGUUGAAAUGAAAAAAAGCCAAAGGAGUAAAGAAUGUGAGCUGCCUCAUUCCAUCCCUGCCUGUGUCCCCUGGUCUCCAUAUCUCUUUCAACCAAAUGAUAAAUGCAUCGUGUCUGGCUGGGGCAGAGAAAAAGAUAACCAAAGAGUCUUUUCGCUCAAGUGGGGUGAAGUUCAGUUAAUAAGCAACUGCUCUAGGUUUUACCCAGGUCGCUACUACGAGAAAAAAAUGGAAUGUGCAGGUACAGAUGAUGGCUCCAUCGAUACCUGUAAAGGGGACUCUGGAGGCCCCUUAGUCUGUACGGAUAUUAACAACGUGGCCUAUGUCUGGGGUAUUGUGAGUUGGGGUGAAAAUUGUGGAAAACCAGAGUUCCCAGGCGUUUACACCAAAGUGGCCAAUUAUUUUGACUGGAUUAGCCAUCAUGUGGGAAGGUCUCUUAUUUCUCAGUACAAUGUGUAAAACUGUCAUCUCCCUCUUCUUUUUCUCUGUCAGGAGUUCCAUUUUAAUCACGCAUAAUUAAUACUUCUCUAGGAAAAAAAAAACAA